AUGUGCAGGCCAGUCUAUCUUUACUGCCCCUACUGCAAGGCCCGAUACUUCUUCAUGUGGGAAGAGUGCAGCUGCUUCUGGGCGCGGUACCAGUACAUUGUCAUUGACCAAGGCAACUUUGAAUCGCGGCCGCGGUUGAGCCGCCGGACGGACGAGCCGCCCGCCUGCGGCGGCGUCAUCCAGGAGGACAAGAACCGCCACUUUGAGCUGGGAGCGUGUCCCCGGCUGCAGCGGUGUCCGUCUCUGCAGGCACUACAUCAACGAAAUCGACAGCAGCAGCAGCAGCAGCAGACGUCGACACAGCACAGGAUGCUACGUAAGCGCAAUGCCAUAAUGCAGACAAACGAUCAUGGCGAAGAGGAGUCGAUGGAGGAGCGGCGCAAGAGGGAGUUUGCAGAGAAAUUCUUCCGGAAGCGGCCAGUAAUGCCACUUACGCGGGUCAACGACACGGCGGAUGCCGACCACGAAGACGACAAUGAGAACGAUGUGGUGCCCGGUCAUGAAGAUGCGACCACGGAGUUUGAAGAUGAAGAGUCCGAGGUCCUGUCGGAGCAAGCGGCCGCAUCGGGGGACCCAGUGCAGAUAAGACGGCCAAUUACUGGUGCGGAAUUGUCUCAGAGCCUGGACAGUACCAUCAUCGAGUCUGGCUCCGAGGUGGAGAGCAGCGACUGGGAGGAGGAAGAGCGGAACUUGCCACUCCGGGGCCGCAAGUUCGGUCCGGCACAUUCAUCAAUCUAG